GGAAACUGAACUGGUUGUAACGGCUGUUGCGGAGGCCUCGGGCUCUUCUGGCGCCUGUGGCGCCUCGAGUUCCGUCAUGGCUGCUCCCUGCCCGGAAGAGUCUUGGCCCCGGGAAAGCCCCUUCCUCACCCAGGCUUCACACAUUUGAUCAUGGCUCUCCCCCAGGAGGAUCCCUCGCUGGAGAGGCAUUUUAAGGGCCACCGAGAUGCAGUUACCUGUGUGGACUUCAGUCUCAACAAGAAACAGCUGGCCAGUGGCUCCAUGGACUCGUGCCUCAUGGUCUGGCACAUGAAGCCCCAGUCACGUGCCUACCGCUUCACGGGCCACAAGGACGCUGUCACCUGUGUGAACUUCUCCCCUUCGGGACACCUUCUUGCCUCAGGCUCCCGAGACAAGACUGUCCGCAUCUGGGUACCCAAUGUCAAAGGUGAGUCAACUGUGUUUCGUGCACACACAGCCACAGUGAGGAGUGUUCACUUCUGCAGUGAUGGCCAAUCCCUUGUGACAGCCUCUGAUGACAAGACAAUCAAGGUGUGGUCAACUCACCGCCAGAAAUUUCUGUUCUCCCUGAGCCAGCAUAUCAACUGGGUCCGCUGUGCCAAGUUUUCCCCUGAUGGGCGGCUCAUCGUCUCUGCCAGUGAUGACAAGACUGUCAAGCUGUGGGACAAGAACAGCCGGGAGUGUAUCUACUCAUACUGUGAGCAUGGCGGUUUUGUCACCUAUGUGGACUUCCAUCCCAGUGGUACAUGCAUCGCUGCUGCCGGAAUGGACAACACAGUGAAGGUGUGGGACGUGCGGACUCACCGGCUCUUGCAGCAUUAUCAGUUGCACAGUGCAGCAGUAAAUGCCCUCUCCUUCCACCCAUCGGGAAACUACCUGAUCACAGCCUCCAGUGACUCAACCCUGAAGAUCCUGGACCUGAUGGAGGGCCGGCUGCUCUAUACACUCCACGGGCAUCAGGGACCAGCCACCACUGUUGCCUUUUCAAGAACAGGGGAGUAUUUUGCUUCUGGAGGCUCUGAUGAACAAGUGAUGGUUUGGAAGAGUAACUUUGAUAUUGAUUAUGGAGAAGUCCUAAAAGUGCAGAGACCCCCAGCCACGCUGGCCAGCUCUGCUGGGAAUCUGCCAGCAGUGGAUUUCCCCAUCUCACCAGGCAGAGGCAAGAGUCUGGAGUCGAUGCAGAGCCAGCCCCAAGAGCCCAUCAGCAUGCCCCAGACACUGACUAGCACACUGGAGCACAUCGUAGGCCAGCUGGAUGUCCUCACCCAGGUGCAACUCACCCUCUCUGGGAACACUGGACUCACCUACUCAGUGCCAUCCCCAGAGAAGGACUCUUUCCAGACCUCUGCAGAGCCCAUAGAGGUGUCACAUGCCAGUGCCUCUCACCAGUGGUGGACUCAAUGCAGAAGCCCUGCAAGCCCCCUUUGGCCUCUUGCAGUGCCCCAGGUACCUGAGUCAACACUGCAGAGGAGACAGUCUCUAUCCUGGAGCAGCGGUUGACACUGACAGAAGACAAGCUGAAGCAGUGUCUGGAAAACCAGCAGCUAAUCAUGCAGAGAACAACACCAUGAUCGGGGGAACAAGAAUCAGGAGCUCGGUCGAUUUUGCGGGGGGUGGUAGUAGGCCAGGGAUUUGUACUGUGGAUUUGGGUAAAAAAAUAAAGGGGAUUCAACGUUA